AUGCACAGCGAUCACCCGCCACCGUACGAAUCUUGCCGCACAGGAUCUCGACGAACGACACCGUUUGCCCGCGACCCGAUUUCGAGAACAUCGCCAUCUGAGUCAGCCUUCAACUACGGGCACAAUCAACCAACAACAGACUCAUUUACCAACACCAAGUCAUCGCUAGAUAUCACGCAGCGUAUCGAGCGCAAGCUUGCUGAGUACAACGCAUCGCAGAAUGCGUUCAAACGAUGGCUCUUCGAAAUUCUCUGCUGGCUUGCGAGUGCGUUGGCUAUGGGUGCGAUAAUUGGUAUAUAUGCUUAUCUCAACGGCAAAUCGAUGUCACAAGCUGGCAAACUCCUCACAUACACCAACGCCCUGGGGAAAGUUGCUUCUGCGGCUCUGAUAGUGCCUACGUCAGAAGCGCUAGGCCAGCUCAAGUGGAACUGGUUCAGCAAGUCUAGGACCAUGUGGGACUUUGAGAUCUUUGAUAAGGCAUCCAGAUCACUGGCUGCACUCGGCGCUAUUCUCAUCGUGUUGUUGCUCGCCAUUGAUACGUUCUUUCAACAGGUAGUCGAGCUUCCGGAUCAAUGGACGCUGCAGUCAAUUUCUGGGACGAUCCCCCGGGUCAUCGAAUACCGCCCCGAAUUUGAGCUAUCUUACAUGUUCGGCUAUGAAUCGACGUCGGAAGAUCGGCAUAUUGCCCCUAUGGCCCGUGACUUUUUCUACAGGAACGGAUCACAGCCGGUCUCCUAUGCGAAUGGUACUCGGCCAGAUAUACCGCUCUCCUGCCCAACGAGUAACUGUACAUGGCCGCUGUACGAGACGCUUGCGGUUUGUAGCAGCUGCUCAGAUGUCUCGGAUGUGCUCAACAGUACCUUUGCUUGCCUUAAUACUACGAUCGAAUGGAGCGCAAUCUGGGAAGGGCCGCUUGAUGAAGUGCCAUAUCAAAAUGGAACAGUCUGCGGUCACUUCAUCAACGCCACCAGCAUCAGACCGACCCUAUUAUCUGGUUAUGUACUUCCAGCGAAUGGCAAUAGCUCAAGUGGCGAGGCCCUGGUUGUCCGGGCAAUUCCGUUGACCGACUUCGACUCGAAAGCCCCAUCCUACGGCACCGGUUCCAUCAAUUACAAAGGCAUCCGCUACCCUAUUCUUGAUGCCUUGAUAUCUUCAGCAAGAAAUGGGCGUGAAAGUGUCUAUCGAAACGAGCCACCCAUUGUCCACGAAUUAUCCACUUACUUCGAGCCUGUUCGCGAAUCGGAUCCUUGGCCAUGGCAGACUUGGGACACUCCACGUGGAACAUGGUACUCGUAUACGGAACACCUGUCUCUGACACCACAACGCAACCACUCCCAGGUCGCAGAGAUGACAGUGAUAAACGAUACAUACAGAAUAAAUAACUACACUCAAACGAACAUCAUGAACUAUCACGACGACUUCUUCCCUUCGUUCUAUACUUCAGCGAAUAUCGACACAAAGCCUGUCCUUCGAUACCAGAACUAUGCGAUGGGUCCUAGCGUGUACAAGCUAAAUUGGAACCCGUGGGAACAUCCCAACAACAUCACACAUCACAUGGAGAGGCUAGCUACAGCUAUGACAAACAAAAUAAGAUCGACUGGCAGUACUACGAUGCUCGAGGGCAAAGCGUACCAGAUGGAGCCUUACAUCUCUAUCCAGUGGGGUUGGUUGGUAUUUCCUCUAACGCUCCUGGUCCUUAGCCUAGUGUUCCUGGUAUCUACCAUUGUCAAAACAUCCGGUGAUAGUGCGAUGGGGAUUUGGAAGAACUCGGCGAUGCCAACGCUCAUCUACAGUUUACCCAAAGAGACACAGCCCCAGUUCGCAUCAUCCUCGGCAUGGAGCAGUGAUCGAGGGGCACCAAAGAAGACACGCAUCAGGAUGCUACCGAACAUGGGUUGGCGAGUCUCGGGCCAUAGCUAUUCACCAAGACUACCUUCAGGCGAGCGAGUACCUCGCGGCUGGAUAUGA